CUAUCCUGCAAGAGAGAGCCAACCGGUAGCUUCCAGUUCACCAUACUGUCAUUCUUAUUUCUUAUCAGUCACAGUUCAGCGGGACAAGUGCCUCGGAUCGAUACGUCGAUUGAUGACAAUGAUGAAUUGAACUUGUUCACCGAAGCUAUCCCAACGGAGCAAACCGGAUGAUUGUAGACUGCGAUCUUGAGAAUUUUGGUCAGAAAUAGAGAAUUGAAGGGGGAAUGAUGGCGUCCUCGGCGUUCAGGUCGACUUCCAGGAGAGGAAACGCGAGUAGUUCCGAGAAAUCGUCGCCCAAGAAAGUUCCGAUCCGAAGAUCUCACAGCGUCAGCGCUGUGCCCAGAGCUCACUCUCAUCAUUUGGACAUCGCUUCCGAGUACUUGAACAAGAGAGACAACCCUCUCUUCUGGAGCACCACCGCUGAGGACAAGCCAAUCGAAACGGAAGUCGAAGCCGCCACCGACAAGCAAAUCGACGACAAGACUCAGAGGCCGAGGGGCCGUUCCGUCACGAGGAGGACUACUCAUCCUACCGUCAAUCAAAAUGUUCCCGCCGCCUCCGCCGCCAUCUCCCGCCGCCACCGCUCCGUCUCCAGGGGUCAUUAUGCCGCUUCUGAAAGUGAAGUGGAACGAGACUCUGCCAUCUCAUCCAAUUACCGAAACAAAAGUAGUUCAACUGUAGCUGGGAAGACUUUAGACAAGGCUAAUUUACACAGAAAUGCAACUGAUGUGUCGAGGAAGUCCGCCGAGAGUCGAGCUUUUGAGCCUUCAGAUAAUUCUUCUUCUUGCUCGCAAAUACCGUAUUUGGAAGAUGGAAUCUCUAUGGCUUCUUUGUCGGGAGCUGAAGAGAGAACCAUAAACGCAGUCUGUGAACAGAUGAAGGUUAGCUUCAUGUCUGUUGAUCAGUUAUCAAACAUCACAGAGAGAGAGAAAAGACAGUCAUUCCAGGGAGAUGUUCAGGGUGGAGCUGAUGCUGCUGCAAGUGGAAUAUAUGAAACAGUUCGAUCUGAAGUAAGACGUGCCAUCUCAGAUAUGCAAAAUGACAUUGAAAAUGCUAUGCGAAGAAACAAUGCUACUGCUAAUUUAUCUUCAAGUGUUGCUGAUGUUCCUCCAGAUUUGGUAAAUCCUGGGGCUGUUGAACUAUUAUUGGACAUCAGAAGGGAAUAUGCCAGAAAGCUUGAGGAGUCCCAGGAACGGGCUACAAAACUUCGAGCAGACUUGGCUGUUGAGGAACACCGUGGCCAAGAAUUGAAUAGGAUACUUAAGGAGUUACUUCCAGAUCCGAAGAUAAGUAAUCGGCAGAAAUCUCGUGUUGGAAGAAAAAAUAGCAGUGAAAGAAAAAAGAUGUCAAAACGCCUGACAGAAGAAGCUAUGGCUUAUUUUGACGAGUGUGUGUCCAUAUCAACAUUUGAUAGCUCUGAUUUCUCAGCACCUGAAGAUCUGCCUCUCAAUUUAAUUGGAGCAACUACAACAGUUGGUGGGGGUGGGGGUGGGGCUGCAUCUUUAGCCCAAGGAAGCCCUAGUAUUUGGAGCUCCUGCUCCCUAAACAGUCACCCAAACCAUAAGCAGGAAUCAGCUUCUUGCGAUCUGUUCGUGCAUAGCCGCCUGGAUUCUGGUUUAACAGCUACCAGCAGUAGUAACGAACCUUCGAAAAACCAAGCCAGUGUAGGAGGAAACGCUGCAGAAUGGGGUCGGAGAUUGCAAUUCUCCUACAGCCACAAACCGGCCAAAAAUGUUGGGUUGCAAGAGGACGUUAGGAAUUACGUUAAAGCUAUUGGGAAAGAUGACAGCAACUCAGACAAGUCAACAUCAAUCUACUUCGAUUUAGAGGAGUAUUUACAUGGCCAAGCAGAAUGCUUCUUGUUUGACAGAGUAUUGUUCAGUAACCGCACAGACUCUGGGAGUCUGCAUCUCUGUGGUGGAGGCUUGCCUCUUUCAUUUUCUCCCUUCAGUUCUGUUAUUUGAAUCCUUUUGCUUCCCUGAUUUGAGCCCGAGCUCUUACAGUUAGGAAAUUGCGCAGUUAUAUAUGUGCUUGAGGGUCUUUUGUUUUCCUUUAUUCUUUUGUUUUUUGGAUUUGUGUAAUAAGCAUCUUAAUCUUAACUUCCCCGGUUUUCAUCUUCAACUUGGGUCAUGUCUGAGAAAUUUGUGGCCAUGGAUGUGGAAAUAGUAACUGGUUUGGUUCAUUUA